AUGUGGUCUCUAUUUACAUACGUCCGUGAUCUUAUUAAUGGAUAUGCUUGGUUUUGGUGGCCAUCGAAUGGCUCUGAUGAGAAGACCAUCCUUCUUGUUGGUCUCGACGACGCUGGGAAAACAACAUUAACUGGUCGAUUAACUCAAAACCGUCUUAUCCAAGCACCGCCAACCGGUACACCCAUCGGACAUGGAUUAAAAAUUGGCUCAACCCAGUUAACUAUGACUGAUGUGGGCGGCCAUGCACAAGCACGACGGAUAUGGAAAAAUUUUAUGCACGCAUCAACACGACUGGUUUUCAUGCUCGAUGCCAGCAAUCGUCCGCGUUUUGCCGAAGCACGUCAUGAACUAUGGAAAAUUUUAAUGGAUGAUGAUGUCCGUUCGUUACCAAUCUUGAUUCUUGGAAAUAAGAUUGACAAUGUGGAAACGGCGUGCAGCGAAACUGAACUGAGACAAAUUCUUCAAAUAGAAAAGUUCCUGAACGAAAGCAAUCCUCGUGUGAAAUUAUGUAUGUGUAGUGUGGCAAGAGAUGAAGGUUUUGCAGACGGUCUGCGUUGGUUGAUCAAUCAACAUAUUCGAGUGACAGAAUAA